UUAUCAGUCAGCUUCUCCAAAUGUUUCAUCAAUAUAGUUAAUCCUGAUUGUUAUAAAACCACUAGAACCAUCUUCCAUGCAUACUUUAGAAAUGUCACGUUGUUUCUUUCACAUGGACACAUCUGAGGUGGAUUAUUGUUUGUUUACAGGAAAACUUUAUGCACAAAAGCAUCAGGGAUUUCAUUAAUGAUAAAAACAUAAAUUCAUGGAAGAUGGUUCUAGUAUGAGUUAUUGAAUACUGCAGGAGACAUUUUUUGAAAACUUGAAUCAACAUAAAAAACAAUCUGAUAAAAGAGAAAAAAGAAAGAAAUGAAAACAGCUGUUGGUGAACAACCAACAUAAAACUGGUUUGUUAUUAAUGAGGCUGAGAGGCUUCAGUCCCAUCCAGAUCCAAAGUGAGUGGAAUGUUCCUGAGAGGCCUCCAGGACCUCAGAGAGCUUCGCCUUCAGAACCAAAUAAGGACCUGAGCAGCCGGAGCCUUCAGAGCAGCAGCGGGCCUGUCAGACCUCCAGCAUCUGUGGAUGAAAACGCUGGCAGCUGGCGGCUUCUAAUCGAGGCUGGGAUACGUCUGCACUGUUUACAAGUCACCCUGAAGGGGAAGAGACUGGGUUCAAAACCAUAAAUAAUCAGACAACUGUUGUUAGUGAGGUAAAACUGUCUUUAGUGAGGUAAAACUCUGGCUUCUGUUGGAAGUGGAGAGGCUGCAAAAACAAAAGGAGAAUUAAAGUCCCUAGGCGAGCCUGACUUGUUGCAGACUAAGACUGUGUUCCUAAAAUCUGACCGGUGACCUCACUGUGGGGGUGGGCUCACAGUGUCCACUCCCCUCCCUCUGAGUCUCCCCUCAGCAUGGUUCAUAAUCUCCAUCACUUUGAAACGUCUCUGCUCUGGAAGCGUGACCGCAGCAGGGUGCUGUUGUCCCAACAGCUGGCAGAUUUUAAAGGGCCAUGCCACUCAACGUCGUCCUGGACGGACCCCCUCCCUGGGGGUUUCGGCUGACAGGAGGAAAGGACUUCAACCAGCCACUGACCAUCUCCAGGAUCACUCCCGGCAGUAAAGCAUCAGGGGCCAACUUAUGUGCUGGGGACAUCAUUCUGGCCAUCGAGGGGGCCCCGGCUGCAGACAUGCUGCACUGUGAGGCCCAGAGCAAGAUCAAGGAGUGUUUCAACCAGCUCUGCCUCACUGUGGAGAGGAACGAAUCAAGGCUGUGGUCCCCGCGGGUUGUGGAGGAUGGAAGAGCUCAUCCGUUUAAACUCAACCUGGAAUCAGAACCGCAGGAAUACAAGCCGAUCGGUACUGCUCACAACCGGAAAGCUCAGCCGUUUGUGGCAGCAGCAAACAUCGACGACAAGCGGCAGGUGGUCAGCACGUCCUACAACACUCCCAUCGGCCUGUACUCCUCCGGCAACAUCCAGGACGCCAUGCAGGGCCAGAUCCGAGGCCUGGUGCUUCCCAAACCCGAGAGUCCCAGGACUCUGACCAGCAUCGAGGAAUCUGAUGUGUACCAGAUGCUGCAGAGAGACCAGGACGACCCCCAGGAGCCUCGGCAGUCCGGCUCAUUUAAAGCCCUGCAGGAGUUCAUUGACAGUGAUGGCACUCGACCCAUUGUGACUCGCACAGUGAAAGCCCCCACGACUAAACCCACUGCGCCUUCAGGAAACCUGCAGAAGUUGCCUGUCUGCGACAAGUGUGGGAAUGGCAUUGUCGGGACAGUGGUUAAAGCCAGAGACAAGUAUCGCCACCCUGGCUGCUUUGUGUGUGCUGACUGUGACGUCAACCUGAAACAGAAAGGCUAUUUCUUCGUUGAGAGCCAGCUGUACUGUGAGGUUCACGCCCGAGCCAGAAUGAGACCACCAGAGGGCCACGAUCUGGUCACCACAUUUCCCUCUUCCUAGAUCCCUCCCCUCACAAACGCCUCCUCUCAGGUCCUACAUGGGUUUUAGUUUUCUUUUGCACUUUGUUUAUGUUUGUGCAAAAAUAACCAAAGCUGUGUGAAACCUUUUGAUCAGUAAACCAGAUUUCGCAGCUGACAACUGAACACUGUGUGGUGGUCAUCACUGCAAAUCCCACUAUAAACCCUUUUUUAAAUCUUC